CGGCCGAGCCCCCGCCCGUUAUUUGCAUAAGAAGGCGCCGGCUCCCUCCUCUCGCGGCAGCGGCGGCGGCGGGGUGUGGUGUGGUGUGCAGGCGGGCUGCGAGAACGGCACGGAUGAGGCGCAUGCGCGUUGUGGAGGGGCGCUGGGGCCGUAACGGCUGGGCGCGGAGAGACCGGGCGAGGCCGGGCGGCGCCGGUGGCCGCGAGGCGGAGGAGUUCGUGGAGUGGGGCGGCGGCCCACAGGGCUGGCGGGGCCAGUCGCGGGGCUCACUUCAGCAUCUGGCGGAGCGGUACGCGGACCUGGCGGCCAGCCACUGCCAGGCGCUGCAGCAGCAGGAGGAGCAGAAGUGGCACAACGCGCAGCUGCGCCACGAGAACGUGCAGCUGUGGCUGGAGAACCGCCGCCUGCGCCGCGAGAACCGUAGCCUCUUCCGCCAGGCCCUGCUGGGGCCCGGCCCCGACGAGCCCUCCGCCGUGGAGCUGGGCGAGGAAGCGGCGGCCCUGCGCGCCCAGCUAGGGAGCCUGCAAGAGAAGCACCGCCAGGCCUUGAGGCGCCUGCGGCGCUGCCGGGCCGCCAGCAGGCCGGAGGACUCGGGCCUGGACGACGGGGAUCUGGACGACGGGGAUCUGGUCGAGCUGCUAGAGGAGGAUGAGCAGCCGCCCGCGAAGAGGAGCCUGGUGCCGGUCGUGUAGCCGGCGCCGGGGGGAGGGGGGGGGGUGCGGUGCCGGGGGCCUCCCGCCCCGCUCGCCCUCGCCGCACCACGGGGCGGGGGGGCGGCCUGGCCCCGCCUGCCUCCCCGCGCUGCCCCCGGUGAAGCGUGGGCUGGCCCUCGCCCUUCAGGCCAGGCAGGCUGUUCCCAAAGAAAGAGCGGGGGAGGAGCUGUGCUGUUUUUCCUUUAAUCCCUUUCCCAGAUAUAUGAGGAGGAAUCGUUGACCAUGGUGAAGGAGAAGCAGGUUCACCUGGAAAACUGACGCUGGGAAGAGGCCCAUGUUUCAGUCUAGGGAUGCCUCUGAGCAGCUGUUGUCAUGGACAAACGAACAGCUGGUCUCAUGUCACCUCAUUGCAUUUAACUGUGCUUCCUUGGGAACCAGCUGCGGAUCACCUUUUCCUCUUGAGUUAGCAACUGUCAGGUGGACCUCAACAGCGAUGGAGACUAUCAGAAGAUGGCUCUGACUAGUUCUUAGCAGUCGGCAUGUGUCUGUUGGGAAAGGGAGUGAAGGAACUUUGCAAGCUUCUCUGUUAGCAUUCCAGUAAAAGUUGGUAGUCGUUUGGACCCUUCUAAAUUCUAUGGACAUUUACUGCAAAACAGUAAUUGUGUUUUCAGUGACAGACUUUGUUCACCAUCGCAUGAAUAUUGGUUUGAAUUUCACACUUUUACGUAAAACUGCAGCAGAUAAAAAUAAAACUGUGACACACCAAAUGGUUGCCUUAAGUGGGUUGGUUUUUUUUGAACAGGGACUUAUUUUCAAACUGUAGGUGAAACACCCUUCAGACCUUUG